AUGACCCAGCAAGGGAUGACAAGUGCAUCUGAUGGAUUUUGGAAGUCAGUGGCUACCCGUGUCCCAAGAGAACCUCAUGAGAUCCGCAUCCUGAAUCCGUACUUCAUCCAGGAGGCAGCUUUCAGCUUCAUUGGCCUGCCUUUCAACAAUGGCCUGAUGGGCAGAGGGAACAUCCCCACCUUGGGAAGUGUCGCAAUCACCAUGGCACUGCACAACUGUGAUGAGGUAGCAGUAGCUGGAUUUGGCUAUGACAUGAAUUCACCAAAUGCACCACUACAUUACUACGAGAGCAUCAAGAUGUCUGCCAUAAAAGAGUCCUGGACGCACAACAUCCAACGAGAGAAGGAGUUCCUGCGGAAGCUGGUGAAAGCCCGAGUCAUCACCGACCUCACCAGUGGAAUCUGAGUUGUCCCAAACCCCGCGUCGGAGGGAGGCGAGAGACGCAUGCUACAGCCAAGGAAGCAGGCAGUGGGAGAGCCACACAGGAAUCCCAACUCAAAGGAAACACAAGAAAUGCACAGGUGCUCUGCGAGAGACUUCCCGGAUCUCCAGUUGGCACUAGUGCUGCACCUGCUGCAUCCCUCGUGGGGCUGGCAGGGGAGAGCUGGGGGUGGGGCUGAGGGCGGGUUUUUGACCUCAGCUCUGCAGAUAGAACUUUUGUGUCUAGAAUUCACUGGAAAAGCCUGAGGAGAGACGGGAAGACAGGUCAGUGACACACAGCAGAGCGUGCCAAACAGGAGCGGUGCUGGCUGGGGCAGCACUGCCUGAAUGUACAAAGUAGUAUUUUUAAAAGAAAUGUUGAAUCAUGCUAAUAAUAUCAUGGUACAAAGCGAAGACUGCCUUGUGCCCACCUCCAGCAGGAGCCAGGCCUCCCCACACGCAGCCCGCAGCUCCUGGCCUCAGUCCUUGCCCUGGGAAAACAACUCCGUCCAUGACUUCACUCCUGUUGGUGCUGCUAUAAUUUAAAGGGACUAUGGCCUUCUGCUGUUCUCCACCCAGGCUGGUGUGGGAGCUGAGCAUGGGUUUAUUUUUCUGCACUUUCCUUGCUUCCUGCAUAGGAGCUGGAGCUGCCAUUUAUCCAGCUGCAUUUUCCACAGCUGUUUGCCCCACCCUGGCUCUGCCUUGACCUGAGCUGGAGCCAGGAGCCAAGUGCCUCCUCGGCCUUGUGUCCUGGAGGAGUGGCAGACAGGACCCUGCCUGGUGCUGAGGGA